AUAAGCUGUUGAUUAAACAAAAAAUUGUGAAAUUCUGGACAAUGUGGAGUUCUAGCCAAGAUGAUGAAGAACAGCAAGAUUACUUUGUUGAAGGGACUGAAGGUCUCUGCUCUCUAUCUCCUAUGCAGAGGAUGUAUGGGUUCGGUGCUUGUUUACUAGCUGGAGUUGUUUGUAUGUUCUUGUCGUUGAUUGUUUUUGCGAAACCCAUCAAAUUCGCGGUAUUAUUUACCUUUGGCAAUGUGCUGGCAGUUGGGAGCACAGCUUUUGUCAUUGGACCUAAGCAACAGCUCCUCAUGAUGCUUGAUGAUGCCCGCAUAUAUGCUACAGCAAUCUACGGCGGAUGUGUGAUCGUGGCUCUUAUUUGUGCUCUUUUGAUCCACAGUAAGAUUCUUACCUUAAUUGCCGUGAUAUGUGAAAUUUGUGCUCUAUUUUGGUACAGCUUGAGUUAUAUUCCAUUUGCCCGUAGAAUGGUAUCUGAUCUGACAAUUCGUCUCUGUGACACCGAAAUCUAGAUGACUUAAUGUGGCUAUCUUUUUCCUUAUUGCCUUCACAAAAUUGAAGCAUCCUCGUUUGGCUGGCUCUUGACUCUCUUGAUAUGGCAAUAUUCCAUUUGUUUCUUUUUCCAGCGCAUGAUAUAAGCUGUUUCACUCCAAGUUUGUUGUGGGAGACUAAAAUUUCUUUUAUGAUUUUAUAGAUCCCCCUGGCUUCAUAUGGUUUGAUUGAGAGCAUGUCAAGUGCUACUAUCUUCUUAAGGCUUGUUUCUUGGAUAUGGAUCUUUUGGUUUGAUUAACGAUUUGUGUGAGCUUUUGUA